AUGGCCCUGGGUGAUGUCGAGGAUGCUGUGAGCAACUAUUGCGCAGAUCACCUGCAUGACCUUUUAGCACAAGAAUGGAAAGAAGCUGUAGAUGAAGAUGGUUGGAAGCAUAGGUGGGAGACAGCAAUUUUAAGGGCUUAUGAGAGGGCUGAUGAUGCUUUCAAAGAUGGCCCAGAUACUCCUGGUUCAACAGCUGUCGUCGUUGUUUUAUCUGCUUGCCAGAUCAUUGUUGGCAACUGUGGGGAUUCCAGGGCUGUGCUGUGUCGCGGGGAUGAAGCUAUUCCUUUGACCGUUGACCACAAGCCUAAUAGGGAAGAUGAGGUGAAGAGGAUCACCAAUGCAGGAGGCAAAGUUCUGUACACUGACUGUGAGAGAGUAGAGGGAGUUCUUUCUAUGACAAGAGCAAUCGGUGAUCACUUUCUGAAACCCUGGGUAAUCUCAGUACCUGAGGUUACUUUCAUGGCUCGAUCUGAGGAGGAUGAAUUUCUUAUUAUGGCAAGCGAUGGCCUGUGGGAUGUCAUGACUAGUGAGGAGGCAGUUAAAUUUGCAAGUCUGGUGCACAGCAGGCUGCAAAAGUGGGCAACGAUGGGUUAUGAUGGUCCUGCAAAGAUCAUUGCUAAAGGUCUUCUUGCAAGUGCUAUUAAGAAAGGGAGUUGCGACAACAUUUCUGUUAUUUUUAUCGACCUCAGUAUGCCCAGGAGAAGGAAGAAGCCACACAAAGAACCAGAAGCAAGUCAAGCUUGAGUAAAAUAAGAAUCACAUGCUCCUCAGAUGCUUUGUUUAAUAACAAUAGAACUAUUAUCUUUACAAGCUGUUGCUGCAGAAACAUGUGGUUCCUUUUAUGUCCUAGUUAAUAAUGCAGUGCUAACUGACCGAGGAGCUUGCUUGUUAAACAUGAAGACAAUUCCAUUUAUGUUUUGUUGGAUGCA